GUGAGUGUUUAAGAUCAACAGAAAAUGGAGAUACAAAGGAUCCUCAUGAGGAGUUUGGCUGUUGCAGUGGUUCUGGCAGCUGUGACCUGGACUACAACAGCGGAAUAUAUCAAGGUGAAUUCAUGCUGUACUAAAGUCUCCAAAGCAGAGGUGACCGAUCCCAUCAUCAGUUUCAAGAUGAAAGAAGAAAGUCUUCCAUGUGUGAAGGCCGUCAUCUUUGAGACUAAACGGGGGUACUUCUGCAGUGACUGGAGACAACCAUGGGUGCAGAAGAAAGUUAAGCAGUUUUUCAGAGCUCAUAGAAAUAAACCCCUGAGUUCCACACCACCACCAACAUCAACUAUUAGUGACCAAACUCGUGAAGGACAGUCUACCCAAGCAACUGCCAGCCCAACGACUAUUAGCGACCAAACUCGUGAAGGACAAUCUACCCAAGCAACUGCCAGCCCAACGACUAUUAGCGACCAAACUCGUGAAGGACAAUCUACCCAAGCAACUGACAGCUCAACAACUAUUAGUGACCAAACUCGUGAAGGACAAUCUACCCAAGCAACUGACAGGUUAUCAACUAUUAGUGACCAAACUCGUGAAGGACAAUCUACCCAAGCAACUGACAGGUUAUCAACUAUUAGUGACCAAACUCGUGAAGGACAAUCUACCCAAGCAACUGCCAGCUCAUCAACUAUUAGUGACCAAACUCGUGAAGGUGAAACUACCCAAGCAACUGACAAGUUAUCAACUAUUAGUGACCAAACUCGUGAAAGUGAAACUACCCAAGCAACUGACAAGUUAUCAACUAUUAGUGACCAAACUCGUGAAGGUGAAACUACCCAAGCAACUGACAAGUUAUCAACUAUUAGUGACCAAACUCGUGAAGGUGAAACUACCCAAGCAACUGACAGAUCAGUGAAGAAUGUCUAAAAAUAAACUCAUAAUGAGAAAACAUUUCUAAGCGCUUAAAUUAAAUUUAAAGUUUUAAAGAUUGUGCUGUUGUAUUUUGAACAUUUUUGUAAAUGUAUUCAUAUUUAAAUGGAAUAUUUAAAAAAAAAUUAUGUUGUCAAAUACAUAUUGGGCAAUUUGACAAUGACCGUUCUUAAUCUAUUCAGAAACUAAAUUACAGUGAAACUGUUCUGUAACAAUUGUGGUUUAAAUAUAAUAUUUUGUAUUUCACAUUGAAAUAUAGUUCAAUUAAUGUACUGAUGUCAUUAACUCAUAUGUCAAGAAGUCUGAGUAAAUUUUAAACUGAUUUGUAUGAGAACAAAACUGGAAUUUUUUUCUAUUUGAUGAUGCAAUUGAACUGCUGCAAUCUGAAACUACAAAUAAACUCUGAUCAGCAUUUACUGGUUUUGCUUGUGGUUGACGCUUCUGAAUGUGUGCAAGAGGUCCUUCCUCAGACAUGAAGCUAGUUUAUUCUCUUUUUUUGUGGUUGGUUGCUGGCUAUGCAAUAUUUAUUGUAAUUUGUAC